AUUUUAUUCAAUUCAUUCUAAUAAUAUUAUAAGGUAGAGCAUUAUAUGCUGUUCUAGGCCAUUAUGUUGCACUAGGAUUAAUUUGCGAUAUGUACUGAUAGAGUAGGAUGGGUGUUUGUCUACAAACUUGGAGAGCCAGCAUUGGCUGUUUCAAUAAUAUAUCUGGGGUAAUACUUCAAUCUGAUCAUAAUUUCUCAAAAACACCAAAGUUAAAAUACACCAUAUGUAGUAAGGGUACUCUUGGAAAUGUAUCGGUUGGCUUGUUACUCUGCUAUUUGAUAAUGAUGACGUAUAAAAUAUACAUACCCCUGAGUAUUACAUGUGUUUGUAAAAUCCUGAUUGCCAUCCUCUAUAUACAAUUUGCUGCCCUUCUCUUUGUCAUUUUACCUCUUCUUAUUACACAGAGCAUGAUUGGGUACUAUCAUGCAUUCAACCCAAGGUUCGUAGUACAUCUUACAUUAACAGUUGGAUUGUGUACACUUGUGCCUUCAUUUGGUAUAGUUGCGUAUCUUCCAAACAUUGAACAUCUGUUAUUAGCUAUGGGUGAUAUUGAAGUAAAUCCUGGUCCUGAUCAUGUCAAACUACUCUUCUCGAAUAUAAAUAGUCUUAAAGCACACCAAGGGGCUAGGUUUACUGCAUUUACUCAUCGGAUGAGACAAGAGAGUUGCCACAUUGCAGCUCUUUGUGAAGUCGGUAAUUUAACAAAUGCGGAAUUGGAAUCGUUUAAUAUAGAAGGAUUUCAAGAUCCCAUAUAUACAAACUCAAACCGCGGAAUCCUUGUGUAUGUAUCCAAUGAUAUCCACUGUCAGCUUAAAGAAGACCUAAUGGUAAACUCUGAUUCUAUAUGGAUUGAUCUGG